AACGAAUUGACUUCGCAACGUAUCUGGUCCGUUUGCCCUCCCCUCUCUCUUAAAUGGGUCAAUAGUCAGUGUCCCCUGACACGUUAAAUGACACACUCGUCAGUCAGUCAGUCAGUCAAUCAACCACAUCACACAAGACACAGACACAGUUAGGUCAGAAUAGACUCACAUAACAUUAAGGCAGGCAUGCAGGCGCAGUCAGUGAGGUGACCACAGACCGGGUCAAUGCGACAAAUGGACACCACAGACACACACACGGGGCUGCAUUGCUGGACAGUACAGGGAUGACGACAGACAGACAGACAGACAGACAGACACACAGCCCGCCAGCCCGCCAGUCAUCCAGUCACACAACCACACACACAUACGCACUGCGCAUCCGGACGUCGAGGUCCUUCCAUCCACUUACAGAGAGCCUUGCUGGCACCGGCCCCACACGCAUCCAUCGGCAGCAGCGUCUCAAGAAGCCAACCGAUAAACAAGCCACAUCACCCCCUCUUGCUGUCGUGAAGCAAAUCAGCACCGACAGCCUAUGCGGCUUCGCGAUGAAGGUCAUGGUGGCCAGCCGUAGGCAGGGGCCGAGGUCCUGCCGCUGCUGGUGGUUACACCCAAAGCACUGCAUCAGGCAGACAGACAGACAGACGGACGUGCGCGGAUGUUUUCAUGGCUGCAUGCAGCGUUUUUCUAGACACCUCUUUUCUACGGGGUCGUUCGCAAUCUCUAUGCUGUCGGGGCACAUGAUCUGCUUGACGUGCUCCUCCCAAUGCGGCGCCGCUGGCCGGCGGCCACUAUGUAGAAACCGCCGCGUGCGUCGACGAAGGCCUCAUGACCGAAGAACAGACCCACAAAUGCCUCCCUGUCGGCCAUCGCCUUCACAAGACCCUGCACACACACAACACACAUCAUGCUGUGAAUGGUGCAUCCUGGGAUGCGCCCGGGAUGCGCUCUUUCUGUCGUUUUCUCACCUGUGGCGGUGUUGUGGGUCUUUUCUCUUCACAAGGCAGGACAGAUCUCUCGCGAAGGCGCUCUCCAGAAUAUGCGACACGGGUUCUCUCGCGAAGGCUGGACGAUCUGCACGAGCUGUGAUUACUGUCGAGGGGCAUGGAGGAACCCAUGUCGCAUAUUCUGGAGAGCGCCUUCGGUGGGAGCAGCAGUGGUUUCAGG